CAAUAUCGAAGUCUAAUCAUAAACCAAAAAUUAUGGAGAUUAGAGUUCCAGAGGUUUCAAUUGGCUCCUGCGGCCUAAACAUGCCUGUGAUUGGCAUGGGCACUGCAUCCUAUCCGCCAGCGGAUGCAGAAACCAUAAAAUCAGCCGUUCUUGAGGCAAUCAAAGCUGGAUAUCGCCACUUCGAUACAGCUUUUGUAUAUGGGUCAGAGCAGCCACUCGGAGAAGCAAUUGCUGAGGCCUUGAACAUUGGCCUCAUCAAGUCUCGGGAUGAACUCUUUAUCACUUCCAAGCUAUGGUGCAGCUUUGCUGAUCAAGACUUAGUCAUUCCCGCGAUCAAAAUGAGCCUCGAGAAUCUUCAGCUAGAUUAUCUUGACCUUUAUCUAAUACACUGGCCAUUAAAGUUCAGCAAAGAGGUGAGUCGGGUUCCAAUUCCGAAAGAAGAUGUGUUUCCCCUUGAUAUCAAGUCAGUUUGGAGUGCCAUGGAAGAGUGUCAGCAUCUCGGGCUCACCAAAGCCAUUGGCGUCUCUAACUUCUCCUCCAAAAGGCUUGAAGAGAUCCUUUCCUUCGCCAAAAUCCCUCCAGCCGUAGACCAGGUGGAGAUGAACCCACUGUGGCAGCAGAAGGAGCUCAAGGAGUUCUGCAAGGCCAAGGGCAUUCAUGUGACUGCGCAUUCCCCUCUGGGCUCUAAGGGCACAAUAUGGGGAAAUAGCAGGAUUCUUGACUGUGAUGGACUGAAAGAGAUUGCCGAGGCUAGAGGGAAAACAACUGCGCAGAUUGCUCUAAGAUGGGUGUACGAGCAAGGGGCAAGCGUGAUCACAAAGAGCUUCAACAAGGAGAGAAUGAAAGAGAACCUUGAAAUACUUGAUUGGUCCUUGAGUAUGGAAGAAUUGAACAAGAUCAGUUGCCUUCCUCAGCGCAAAGGUGGCUCCCCUAGUACAUUCCUUGAGCCGAGCGACCUGGUAAAGGAGCUUGAGGCAGAGCUGUGAUAUAAACAUCUUCAGACGAAGAUCUGUAACGAUCAUACAUAAAAUAUUUUCAUGCUUAAAAUUUAACUCUGCUAUGCUCUAGGAUUCCUAUUUGAAUUAGUCUUUGCCAAGUUAUUAUUCCCAUAAAUAUUACAUUACAAUAUAAAUUGCAUAUAAAAUGGUUCUUGGAUGUAUCCUAAAUGUCAACUAGGGAUUGGCCUUAUUACACUGCAGAAGUCGGAAAAUAAUCAUUUAUUUUGCAACGCAAUCUUUUAAAGUCAACUCAAAACAGUCGG